ACCAGAGGUGUGGACUCGAGUCACAUGACUUGGACUCGAGUCAGACUCGAGUCAUGAAUUUGAUGACUUUAGACUCGACUUGACAAAAUGUAAAGAGACUUGCAACUCGACUUGGACUUGGACAUCAAUGACUCGUGACUUCACUUGGUCUUGAGCCUUUUGACUUGAUGAGACUUGCUCCUUUCCCCAAAACCCAAAGAUUAAAAAGUAUGUUAUUAAGGAACGCUCUGUAUCUUUCAUGUUGUAUGUGUGCGUCAGGGGUGUAAAGUAACGAAAGGCAAGGCAAUUCUCACUGCAGUGGUAGAUGCUGCAAAUAGUGGAUGACGUUCCCUAACGUGCACAUUCAACAUAUGAAAACUGAUCGUAAAGUUCACUGUUCGCGAAAAAUAUGCGCGACAUGCACAACACUGCACAGGGAGCCACUGCGGAGGGGCUGCAGAGCCGCGGGCUGCAGACCCCUGGCUACGGCGAAAGAGCGAUUUGUUUGUUUGUUUACUGCUCCGCCGUUAAAGAGUGCGGACGUCAAAACAUUAGUUCGGCUAUAAUAUUAGAUCCGCCUCUCAUUUCCUCCUCCCGGUUGCGCGCCUGUUAUGCCUCCGCGCCGCACCGGCGGGGCGCACCAUACAGAGAAUCACUGCGCUACACAGGGGCGGUCCUAGCAUAUUUGGCGCUCUAUGCAAGAGCCCCCCCCCUCAACAAAAAAAAGUUGAAAACGGAAUUGCAACUUUCAGACGGUAUUUUUGCCCUUUAAGAAAAAAACACAACAACGAUCACAACAACAUGGUGCAAGCAUUCGUUUUAGACAGAGUCUCUCCUCAGGAGAAGGAAAACAUAAUGAUCUGUCAGCCUAUGGUAUCUGAGGUCCAAGAGAGGUGGCCUGCGCUGUUUUUGUCUCAGGAGAUAUCUGAAGAAUUUCGGCGUAUCACCAGCAAAGACCUCCUGGGGACUUUUAAUGCAUCUCUUGAAAGAUUUGGACCUGGCCUGCUAAAACUCUACCGGACUAAGAAGGGUGGUUUUGGCCAAGAAAUGGAAGACCUCCUUGAUAAACUCGAUGAUCAGACAUCUGACAUUGUUACACACCGAAAGACAGCAGCACUGAGAGGCUUGCCCAUUUUCCUCCGCGAAGAUACCAAAAAGGUUUUCAUGAAGUGCUUGGACACUGACAUUUUGGCACCAGUGCUGGAAGGGGCGUCUGUGGCCAUCCACACCAUCCUAGAUGACGAAGCCGACAUCUCACAUGCUCGAGACCAUGCAGUUGUUUUGGAAGGGGGCAUCGUGCUGCAUGAAAUGGAAAACCUCUCCUCUGCGUUCGCCUACCUCUUUGGCCUUCUAUAUGCCCUCAAUAUAAAUUACCCCAAACAGUUGAGGUAUACAUUUGAAGCCAUCCAGACUAUCUUUUUUGAGCUUGGUGGCUCUCGGUGCUCCCAGCGCACAAGAUCUUUGAAAACGAAACUUUUAUUUUGAAUACACAUUGUGUAUGUGUUUGAAUACACAUUGUGUAUGUGUUUGAAUACACAUUGUGUAUG